UGCGUGGUGACGUCGCUGAGCCCAGCCGCAGCUACGCUAGACCCGAGGAGGCGGUGUCAGACCGCGCGGCCGUCACCCUUCGCCGGCCCCUAGACCAUGGCAGUAUUCCACGACGAGGUGGAGAUCGAGGACUUUCAAUAUGACGAGGACUCGGAGACAUAUUUCUACCCCUGCCCUUGUGGGGAUAACUUCUCCAUCACAAAGGAAGAUUUGGAGAACGGAGAAGACGUGGCAACGUGUCCUAGCUGCUCUCUCAUUAUAAAAGUGAUUUAUGACAAAGAUCAGUUCAUGUGUGGAGAAACAGUCCUAGCCCCUUCAAGCAACAAAGAAUUAGUUAAAUGCUGAAGAAGCCUUCAGGAAUUCAGAUCCUGAAUAAAUGGAUGGAAAUAUCAGAUGAAAGGGCCUUGGCUUUCCAGUGACAACUGCUUUAUGAUUUGCUGUUCCAUUAAGAGUGUGGAUCUGUUCAUCAACUGCUGAGUUUAUCCUCAAGUAGAAAAGCAAGCCCAUAACUUUUUAUCUGGAUUUCAUGCUUAGAACUUUGAAUUGGAAGUGUUCUGAAUUACCCAUCUGAAUUUAAAGGAAGUACUCUCUUUCCCUUAAUUUCUUCAUUUUCAUAUCCUAAACCUAGUUUGGUAUCUGAUUACAGCAUUAUCUACCUCAUUCAUUAGAAUUCUUUAUUAAAAAGUUUCUUUUUUUUAACUUAGUUAUUAAACUGAGUAAAAUUAGCCCUUUCUGUGAACACUGACAUCAGCUUUGUGGCUCUAAACUUAAGAAAAUCCAUUGCUUUGUCAGUGCUUGCAGUUCCCUCACUGUGCCGGUCUCUUCAGUCUCGCCAUUAUUAGAAUGCUCAUGUUCAUUCAGUGUGCCAUUUCUGUUACACUUCAUGCUGAGUUCGAGUGUGACAUUAAAAGGAAAGAGGUGUGGUGCAUGCCUGUCAUCCCAGCACUCAGGAGGAAGGAAGAUACCGCAAGUUCAGGCCAGCCUGGAAUACACAGCAAGACUCUGUCUCAAAAAUCAGAAGAAGGGAUAGCAAGGCGACACCACGGUUUCUCCAUGCUACAAUUUAAUGACUAAGGAAGAAAGUCCAAAGUGAAAUGGUCAAAGAAAUGGAGUUUCCUUAUAUUCUGCAUAUUCUUUGAAAAUCAGAAUAAGAUAGAAGGAAGCAAAAUCAGUAAUGAGAGGAGUGAAACGCUGCAGGUUAAGUAAAUGAAAUGCAUGGGUGAUUUUGCCACAUCAGAGUGAAUAUUUCUGUAUCUCAGUUUUUGUUUGUUGAUAAUGCUGACGAAAUUGUACUUCAGAAAUGGGUCAGUAAGUCUUUAUGGCCAGUAGCAGUGCUUUCAGCGUAUCACAGUUUUAUGUCACUACCAAAAGUUAAAGCAUCUACACCAGAAAAUGAGCUUGGAAAUGGGAGACCUGUUCUGAAUAAGUAUAUCCAUAGAGCACAUUUAAUGAAUCUCCGUAACAUGCAGCCCACCAGACGUGCACUCCUGCAGAGAAAUGUUGCCCUGGAGAAAGGCAGAAAAAAGAUAGGCUCUUAGUCUUCGGCAGUGCUGCAAGUAGCAAGAAAUUAGAAUCACUUAAGUAAGAAUUGAAAAAUUCCUUUAUAAAGACAGCUUUGCUAUGUAUAUAUAAAGUUUUGAAAAUACACUGAUACCCAGAAGAUUAUUUUGGGAAUGGCUCCUGUGAUUAGAAAAAUGACUUGUUAGAAAGUGAGUGUUCUAUUACUAAUUAAUAAAAGCUGCACACACUCAUCAGAGGUUUAAAUGAAAACAAUCUAUAUGGACUUUUUUUUUAACUUGGCAGCAGCUUUAGACUAAGAAAAUUAAAAAAAUUUUAUGCCAGAAAUGGCAUAAAAUAAAUACAAUAUUUAUUUUACUUAUAAGUGCAUUGUUAGGCAUAUUCCUGAUAUGAUGAGAAAUCUCAUUGCUAUGUGGAACUCUGAUGUCCCAGAAAUAAUCCACACUGCUCUUGAGCAAAGUGAUUGCUCAGAAGAGAACAGGGUACAUGCUGACUCUGGUGGGAAUGACCUGCCAAGAGAAAUGAACUGUCCUGUGCUCAUGUUGAUGCUUCUAUAGAUAGUGCUAACGUGUAAUCAUUUUCUGCUGAUGAUGAAUUUCAAACAGGAACAGACACUCUGAUGAGCUCAGUCACUUAGUUUGUGAACUACAAAAACAUACCAGGAAUUAAUCCUACCUUAAGCAGAAAGGAACAUCAGGGUCUUUCAAGUAUUACUCGACUUCCGUGUGAUAUGUGUGCCUUAUUUAUCACUCCCUGCCCCUGCCCCGGAGCACGUGUGAAAACUAACCCGGAUACCAUGUCUGAUUAACUUUGUCGUCUUUGGCCAAGCACGUAGAUUCCUCAUCUGUACAGUUGGGAGACCAUAGCAGGUGGUUUCUUAGCUGUCAGGUCUCAUUUCAGGUGUGGCUUUCAGGAACUGAAGUGGUGAUUGAAAACUAUACAGUCAAAACUGAAUCAUGAAUUAGGAAACUCCAAUUUCCUCCAAUAAUGGGAUGUUGCCACACUUCUGAUUUUGGAAAUUACGUCAAACUGUUUGAAAAAUUCUGCAUAAACUUUGUACAUCCAGAAGCAUUUUUCUUAGCACCCAACAUUUUUUUGUAACUGUACAUAUUAAUUUAUUAAGUUGUACUGGUGUACUAAAUAAAAUCAGACCAUUUAAAUUCA